UCAUUGCAGGCUGUUUGAACGCACUGGAUUUUAACAUGUUAGUAGGAGUAUCUGAUUUACUGAGGGCUUUCUGCGGUAGACCCACUUUGCCGGUGGCAGACAACAUUGCAGCAGCCUGUGUGACUCUUAAGCAAAGUGCACCUGGAGGGUUGCUAUUAGGCAACGACUUUGAUGAAACUGAACGACACAUGCGCUCUCGGCUUUAGUUAAAGUAAUGUGGACACGCCCGCCAGCAGAGACAACAGAGCUGCUACCUAAAGAAAGGUGAGAGGGUGAGCAAACUUACAGGAGAGAACACUUUGGACUCUGAGUGGACACACCAACUCACCGACAUCUGUUUGGGGUCAAUUAGUAGCGGAGGUGCACCAAAACAACAAGAAAAAAAGCUCGGAAUGGAGCUGUUCUCCUGGACAGGACUGUGCUGCUGAGGAGUCUUUCUUAUCCUUCUCACAAAGCCCUUAGUAGGUUAUUACCGGGUGUUUUUACCACCGGGGUUUAAAGAGUUCACCAAAGCACCGAGACGAAUUCAUUGGUGUGAGUUUGAAGGUGACUUGGUGUUGAGCGCCCGCGCCGGGACCAUGGCCUCCUCGCGGGACAGCUGCUUCUGGUUGCUCUGGAGACGGACCAUCAUCGCUCUGUGGCUGUGCGCGCUCGGGGUGCGCGGAGCGGAGGAUGAGAGCACAUUCAAUGGAGAGUCCUGGUUGAGGAUGUACGGCUACCUGCCCCAGGUCAGCAGGCAGAUGUCCACCAUGCGUUCAGCCCAGAUCUUGUCCAGCGCUAUCAGUGACAUGCAGCGCUUCUAUGGCCUGGAGGUCACUGGACAGAUGGACCCGCAAACCAUCAGAGCCAUGAAGCGACCCCGCUGUGGAGUCCCUGACAAGUUUGGAGGCCAAAUCAAAACCAAUGUGCGGAGGAAACGCUAUGCGCUCACCGGACAUAAAUGGAACAAGAGUCACCUCACCUACAGUAUCCAGAACUACACUCCUAAAAUCGGAGAGUAUAACUCCUACGAGGCUAUCCGGCGGGCCUUCAAAGUCUGGGAGAAGGUCACCCCGCUGACCUUUGAUGAAAUCCCCUACCAGGAGAUCAAAUAUGGCCGCCGCAAGGAGCCUGACAUCAUGAUCUUCUUUGCCUCGGGUUUCCAUGGGGACAGCUCUCCGUUUGACGGGGAGGGGGGCUUCCUGGCCCACGCCUACUUUCCCGGCCCCGGCAUGGGAGGGGACACACACUUUGACUCUGAUGAGCCCUGGACCAUCGGCAACCACAACCUACAAGGUAACGACCUUUUCCUGGUAGCAGUCCAUGAGCUGGGCCACGCUCUGGGCUUAGAGCACUCCAAUAACCCCCUUGCCAUCAUGGCUCCUUUCUACCAGUGGAUGGAGACUGAGGACUUCCAGCUGCCUGAAGAUGACCGGCGUGGCAUUCAGCAAAUCUAUGGUCAGCCAGACAGCGACCCCACCCAGGCCCUGCCCACAGUGACGCCUCGUCGCCCGGAGGCCCGCCCUCCACAGUCGCCCCCUCGGCACCCCGACCGGCCCAGGACCACCGACAGACCAGACCACUAUGGACCCAACAUCUGUGAAGGAAACUUUGACACAGUCACUAUGCUCCGAGGAGAGAUGUUCGUCUUUAAGGGCCGCUGGUUCUGGCGGGUUCGUCGGAACAGGGUUCUGGAUAACUACCCCAUGCCUAUCAGUCACUUCUGGAGAGGUCUGCCUGGAGACAUAGACGCUGCCUACGAGAGACACGACGGCAAGUUUGUCUUCUUCAAAGGAAGCAGAUUCUGGCUUUUCCGAGAGGCCAACCUGGAGCCCGGCUAUCCACUGGAGCUGACAGAUUACGGCCGAGACAUUCCCUAUGACCGAAUAGACACAGCCAUCUGGUGGGAGCCAUCCGGCUACACCUACUUCUUCCAGGGAGACUGGUACUGGCGUUUCAACGAACAGUCCCGCUCCGCCGACAGAGAUUACCCUAAACCAAUCAGCGUAUGGGGCUCUUCAGUCCCAUCCACUCCCAAGGGGGCCUUCCUCAGCGAUGACGGAGCAUACACAUACUUCUACAAAGGCUCCAAGUACUGGAAGUUUGACAACCACCGCAUGAAAAGCGAGCCCGGUUACCCCAAGUCGAUCCUGCGGGACUUCAUGGGCUGCACCGUGGACCUGGACCCAGACCGAGACCGUGACAGGGACACUGACACAGGACGCAAGUACCCUGACGUGAACCGUCCGCCAUUCAACCCGGACGCCGGACGGGAUGGUGACAAGGGCAAAGACAAAGGUGGAAAGGAUCGUGAUGGGACAGGCAAGGAUACCGGCAAAGGCUCCGACAACGGUGACGAUGAAGACUACCGCGAGGGACGGGAGGAGGACACCAACGAGGUGGAUGUGGUGCUGAAGGUGGACGACAGCGAGGAGCGGACCAUGAACAUCCUUAUGGUGACCAUCCCACUCUUCCUGGUGCUGUGCAUCCUGGGAUUGAUCUACGCCAUCAUUAACACACUGCAGAGAAAAGGAGCGCCACGGCUGCUGGUGCACUGCAAGCGCUCACUGCAGGACUGGGUCUGAACCCAAUCAUAGGGAUGAUGGACUCUGAACUCUAGAUGGACCUUAUGCAGCCCAUCACCUCCCCCGGCCCCCCUUCAGUGGUCUGUCUGUCUCGAGUCUCUGUGCCCCCCCAAACUUGUAGUACAUGUGGUAGUAGAUGCAUUCAUGCAAAUACUGUACUGAUCUAGAUACAUGCACACACAUAAAAAUAGCAAACGCAAACAUACUAGAAGCACGCACAAACAUACACACACACACACACACACACACACACACACACACACACACACAUGUGUCCUUAUCAGUGCUGGGAGCAACACGUUACAGUUAUUAGCUGACUUCACCAGUAAGAAAAUAAUGUAAGGGAUUAGGUUUUCAUUUUCAGUAAUCACAUUACAGUUACUGUUCCAAUAAAAAUGCCAUUACUUGCAUUACUUAGGACUUACUGAGUUAUUACAGCAAAUUUAACACUUCAGAAAUGCACCGAUCAGCAAUACGCUGCCGAUCAAAUCGCUCAUUCCUGCUCAGUUACAGUGUGUUGAUAUUGGCUUGUAGGCUAUACUUGCUGCUGCACAGUAGCUGCUGAACAGAAGAGAGUGUGAAGCCACCAGAGUAACCUUAAUGAAAACACCGCCCUAUGAAAAUAUAGUGACGUACUGAGGGAGAUCAUUCAAUAUCUUUCUGACAUGGGCACAAUCCACUAGCUCCUCCUCAUAUUUUUUUUUGAAAGUUAGCAAUUCUCAGUGGGGGGGGGGGGAUAAUACUGAGGUGACCUGAGGUGUAGUUUGGUGAGGGUUUGCCCCCACCAGACGGAAUCCUCAUUUUUAUUCUUGUCCACUGAAGGCAGUAUGAGCAGUGUAAUUUAAAACAGCCUAUAAUCCAUAGACUAGAAGACUGAUGAAGGCAACUCCUCAACAAUUAGGAUAAUAUUUUUUCUAUCAUUUGUCUUCCAAAUGCUCUGGACACUGCUGCGAUUACAGCUUAAAUGAAUAAUGUUGAACAGUGUCUGGGCUUCAGAACGUAAUGCAAAAGUAAAGUAAUUACUAAUCUAUAGGAAGUAAUUUGUAAUGUGAUUGCAAUCUGUGGAAAGUAAUAAGUAGUUUUACUUCAUUGCUUUUUCAUGAGUAACUUCCCCAACACUGGCCCUUACAUAUACAUAUACAUAUACGUACACAUAUACACACUUACACACACACCUAACCUCUUUCCCUCUCCCAUGGUGCUCUACAAUGCGUUAACUGUAGUCUAUUUAUAAGAGAGAAGUUUGCACAUUGUUUUCUUGUUGUUUUUGUUGUGGUUCAUAUUGUGUGACUUAGAUUUUUUUUUUUAAUGUUAUUAUUAUUUCUAAACCAGGAAGGCCGCUCUAUUCUCUCCUUAAGUGUCUCUCUUCCCCUCACCUCCUCCUUAUCUCAGGAGGGGCUUUUUCUCUCAGAUACCUGACAUUUUCUUAUGCUAUCUUGCCAAAAGAAACAAAGAGAGGGUUGGGAAAGAAAGGCAGACUUAGAGCUCAAACCCCGAGUUUCUGCAGUGUUUCAGGUGGGAUUCGAUUUGGCAGCCAUUUAUGUACUAUGGUCGAACAUUGGGGAGGUUUAAUCAUUCAGGUCGUUUUCACAUGGAUUGGCCGUUCGUGGUUUGAAUCCAUUGAAUAGUUGAAUCUUUGUUGUAUUGCUCAUUUAAUUUGUUUUGGUUUCACACAGCAAAAAACUCAAAUGAACCAAAAUGUAUCAACAAAAUCAUUCAGGAGCUGUCACCUAAUUGGUCAGUGUUUUGUUUUUUUUCCUCCCCUGUCAUUUUAUUGUCUGGUCACACUUGACCGAUACAAUUUCUAGCAUGGGCAUGGAGCGCCAACAGCAGCUUUGGCAUUUGUUCAUUACUGCAAUGAUCUUGUUGGCCAUAUACCAAGAGAGCAAUGCAUUUCAGCCCUCAAUUCGUUUAGCUUCCAUUUUGCUAACUGGUAGCUGCUAAUGCUACCAAGUUGCUUCUUCCGGUCUUUAUUUAUGAGCACAUAAUGCACAGUGGAGUCUGCUACGGGAGCUGCUCUUGUUCACACCACUGUUCGUAAACCGCUCUGGAGUUGGUUUGUGACCGGACUGAUAGAAACCACCAGCUCAACAGGUGUUAAAGGGCCCUCACAAAACUGCUUGGUUGAUGCCGUAAACAGCAUAAAAAUGAGUCGUGCAUUCACUAACUUUGGGUGUGUUCAGCCAAAUUUAUGAGUUACUCUAAUCGCAGGAGAGUCAGUUUGUGCAUGAGAGAAAACAAGGGAGAUAAAAAGCAAAGCAGUGACCUUUGACCUGAACAGGCUGUAGCGCCACAAACACUACACAGUAAUCACAUGGUGCAGCUAAUGUACCGUGUAGUUUGUAAUGGACUUUUUAUAGCUGCCGGUUUUUAAAAGGACUUUGUUAACUGUACAAGGAACCUCAGUGAAGACUGAGGUCUCUCUGUCGUAAAGAUCCCAGAGAUGAAACAGCAGGGAAGCCUUUGGGUGAGGAUGGCUGCUGGCUCAUGUGAACACAGGCUGGUCAUAUCGGCUAAUCCUCUUCAUUAGAAAACAGCAGGUGUGUGCGAACGCUGUUAACCUCCAUGACCCCCAAACUAAACCGUGAACUCUCGGAAC